CUCGAAAUAAGAUGGUAUUUGAGCAUUAUCAACCUCAUGUCCAGUCUCUAGCUCGUCAAUGUUUUUUCCAAGUUUGCGAAGUCUCUUCCUCUCUCCCUCCGGUGCCCGUCCCUCCCCUUCAGCCCUCAAUCUCCCGCCUUCCCUCUUGGGUCCCUCCUCCCGUUGGCUAUCUGAAGAUCAACUUUGAUGUUGUUGUUCGUGCUUCCGGUUGCUCGUCUGGACUAGUGGUUCGUGGAACAGACGGGCAUGUGGCGUUGGCAGUAGGGUUCCAGCACCCAGGCAUUGUUGACCCCUACCUCACAGAACUUCUUGCAGCUCGAGACGCCAUCUCCCUCUUGGUCUCCAAGUCCCUUCCUCGUGUCAUCAUCGAAGGUGAUUCAGAAGUGGUGAUUCGUCAGCUUUGCCACGGCAUUUCUUUAGAUUCCCUCAGAGGUCCGAUGCUUCGUGAUUGUCUCCAGCUCCUGUCUUCAGUUUCUGUAUCCUUAGAGUUUAGGGCAGUUCCUAGAACUGCUAACAGGGCUGCCCAUAGAGUGGCGCGGAAAGCUUUGUUACUUUCCCCUCUUGAGAUUUGUUCAUUCGACUUUGUAGGGUGGCUUCACUAAUGUAUUGUUUUGGGAGGGUUCCUGGGUAGAUUGUAUAGUUUUUUCUCUAUUGACAUUUCUUGGAACAAAAAAAAAAAGUUUAGCUCGUUAGUAAACGAGUCGAGUUUCGAACGAGUUUUCCCAGAUUCGAGUCUCGAGUUGCUCGUGAGUAGCUCGACUCAUUUGCAUCCCUACUCAUGGGUCGUGGGCCAUGCUUGAAAUCCGGAUUGAUGUGUUCGAUUUGAAGUAGGAAUAGGAGAGGAUUGGAUGGAGCAGUUCUGCAAAUGACCACUUCCUCCAGAUUAGGCCCAUUCAAUUAAGUCUUUUUUUUUGU